GACUCUCGGACCAGUCGCUUCGACUUCUAAAUUUUUUUCUAAAUUCCAAAUUUACUUUUUCGAUAAUAACUCAACCAAAAAACGUUAGACAAACUCAACAUGUGCAACGGAUGUGGAUGCUGUGGACCCUGUAAUGAAACACCCUGCUGUGGCCCCCACAGUCCGCCAUGCGGAGCCCCGUCUCCCAUCCCGUGCUCUCCUGCUCCGGGCAUGUGCUGUCCCCCUCUGCCCGAGGGCGGCAUUCCCGAUCCCCGUGUCUGGAACUACUACAACACGCCCCCAACUUAUCCAUGUAAGUCCGCUUCCGAGCUAAAUGCUCCCACUCCACCAUACGAACCCACAAAUUCUGUCCGUCCGUCCGUUUUCGAACCUUGAGAGGCACGGGAAGGCAAUGGAUUGUGUGUGCCACAGCAGCGGAGAGUCUGGUCCUUGCGAUCAGUGUGACUAUUCGUCCUUCUCCCAAAGCUCCUUGCCCCAGGCGUUACCUUGUUAACAAGGAUAACGCGCCUUGCGUGUGGUGUGCUCCGUGCAAAGCCCACUGCUACAACACUCCGCCAAAAUGCUGUUGCUAGGUUUAGCCACCGACUCUGGUCCUAAUCCUUUCCACUCCACACAUUUGUGGCUUCUAAGCGGCUCUGUUACUACGGACGACCCAUAUAAGCGGCGGAACUGAGAACCGUUGGACCAUGUUGUGUAACACGUUUUGGUUAGCAACUCGAUCGGAUGCAUCUAUCACCAAUAUGCAGAUUUUUAGGCUUUAAAUAUUAAUAAAUAUAAGAAAUCG